UUGUGUACAGAGCUAUAGCCAGUAUUGAAAAUAUUAAACGUUAAGCCUCCAGGUUUCCAUUUAAAUUGUAUCAUUUAACUCUCUUUUUUUUUUCCUUUUUUUUAAGAACUUGGGUUGUCAAGAAUUCACGAUGAAGAGCCUUUUUUUGUCUCUCGUAGUUGUCUCUGUUCUGUUUAUGAACAGCUUCUCAGAAGUGCAGGGAAAGAAAUGGAAGGGUGAAGGUACAACAAAAAACCUGGAAAGUAUUGUCAUUGGAAGAUGCUAUAACUAUAUUAGAAUUGUGAAUCCUGCUGUUGGUGAGAAGAAUUGUUCAGAGAUAUGGGAAGCGUUUAAAAAUGCAUUUAUUAACAAGGAUCCUUGCAGCAUUCUACCUAAGGACUAUGAAUUAGUUAUCAACCUGUCAUUGCACACAAUUCCACCUAACAAGUCUCUCUUCUGGGAAAAUAAUCAGCUGCUAGUCAAGAGCUUUGCUGACAGAGGCCGUCGCUACAUGUCUCUGGGUGAUACUCUGUUUGGCUUCUUUGGAGAUUUUCUAAACUGGUGUGGGCAGGCAAACAGUGCUGAAAAAAUCACAUGCCUUCCUACAGGACUGGACUAUGAAUCCUGCCCUACCAUGGAGGAAUGUGAAAACAACGCGGUGGACUCUUUCUGGAGGAUGGCCUCAAUCACUUAUGCACAGCACAGUUCUGGGGUGAUACAUGUCUUGUUGAAUGGUUCUGCAGUCGGAGGAGCUUAUCCAGCCCCAGGUUUUUUUGCAGAUUAUGAAAUACCUAAUCUCCAGAAAGACAAAAUCUCAAAAAUUGUCAUCUGGGUUGUGGAUGAUAUUGAAGGACCAGAUAUAGAGUCCUGUGGAACUCACACUGUAAAAAUAUUAGAAAACAGGCUAAAAACCCUUGGUUAUGAUGUCACCUGCACUGACAAUUACAAGUCUGUAAUGUUCUUACUCUGCCUGGAUUAUCCUGAUGAUUCUAAGUGUACCCUUUCAUCAUCUGUUUUCUCUGUGGAUGGAUCCCCGCUCCCUGAUGGUCCAUUAACUGACAUGGGAACAGUUUGGUCAGUAGUGGUAUCACUGUUAAGAGCGUGUAUCUGUUAGGAAAAAGUUUCAUUUGCAGAGUGUGCUCAGCGUACACUCAGUGUUCAUGCUUUCAUAAUAAAUAGUGAGACUAGGCAUGCAGGCCUAGUUGCCUCCCCUUUCACAAUGGCUAUUUUCUGUUACAAGACUGAUAGCUGCCUUCUCAGCCUCUGGAGAAUAUCGUCCCAAGCCCAGAAACAUUAGAGUUGUGCAAGUGACUUUUUUGUCACCGCAACUCCUGUUACAUUGGCAUACCAAAGGAGAGGGCUGUGUCAGGUCAGCAGAGGGAUGGCCUCUGUACAGAAGGUGCUGUAAUGUACUUGGGGCCUCUUGGGUAGUGGUAGCGCCCCUUGACUCCUCUCCAGACUUGAACUGUGUUCCUGCCGAGUCAAAAUUUGGACUUUGGCUUGUUGACACCCUGAUGUUUGAAGAAAACUUGUAAGUAAAAAAAUACCCACUAGAUGGCAUAGAUGGCUUACAAACAUAAGCAGAAAGGAAGCCAGAUGCAACCUAUUAGUAGUGGUAUUUAUUACUUGCAUUACUGCAAUGUCAGGGAGACUUAGAAAUGGAUCUGUAUACUGUUGUAUCAAGUGCCAUAAAAAUAUAGACCUCUAGGACCACUGCUGUCUAGAAGAGCUCUAUACAAUCUCAAGCAUAAGGCCAGAGACAGUAAUUGUAUGUGGAGAGACAAGGAGGCUCAUGUAUUAAGGUAGAAAGGAGUGUUCCCAGGGUUUUGCACAGAUAUCCUGUUUAUAAAAUCAUGACAGCCAAAAGGAAUCUGGUGGCAAGCUCUUAUAAAGAAACUUAGAGCUUAGCACUUGGACUGCAGACUUCAUCCUUGGCAACAAACCACUGAUAUUUAAAAGAAUCCUAACUCAGCUCUGUGCUGUGAACAUCCUGUUUGUUUUCUUUUCUUCAGAUCUGCACCAGCAGCACAAAGAGGACCUAUAUCUUCAGACAGAGGAGGCAGCUGGAACAAGCUCCUGUUUGUUUCUUUUCUAGGCUUU